GAGAAACUGUGUUGUGUGCUCAAAACUUCGGAGGAGCCUCGACCUGCCACGCACGCGAGUCCAGGCGUUGACUCAAAGAUGCACGCGUGCACAAGCUGGAGGGGAUCGAACCUGGAACCUCCUGCAGGCGUGCACUGAGUGGCGCGCGACAUUUGCACACACAUCCAAGCGCGGGGCCGGCCGGGUCAAUCAAAUCUCGUGCGCAAGUCUCGCCGGCUCUCAUGGGACUCGCGCACUCGUCGCGUUGUUUGCUGCUGCGGCGGAAGAUGGCGGAGACGGACGGCUGCGAGCGCCACCAUGCCGUCACCUCCCACUUCUCCCGGUCCACCCAGCAGACCUGCGUGGCCAAACCAGUGCCUGCGGCCCAGCACGCGCCCCGCACCUCCCACACCCCUCGCGACGCCGCCCGCCCCGCUCGGGGCACCGGCGCCAAAUUCAUCAGCCCCGAAGAGAUGACGUCGCAGGACUACUACUUCGACUCCUACGCCCACUUUGGCAUCCAUGAGGAGAUGCUGAAGGACGAGGUGCGCACGCUCACGUACCGCAACGCCAUGUACCACAACAAGCACGUGUUCAAGGACAAGGUGGUGCUGGACGUCGGGAGCGGGACGGGAAUCCUGUCCAUGUUCGCCGCAAACGCCGGCGCCAAACACGUCUACGGGAUUGAAUGUUCCAGCAUAUCGGAAUAUUCCGAGAAGAUCAUCAAGUCCAAUCACCUGCACAACACCAUCACCAUCUUCCCGGGCAAGGCGGAGGAGGUGGAGCUCCCCGUGGACGAGGUGGACAUCAUCAUCUCCGAGUGGAUGGGCUACUGCCUCUUCUACGAGUCCAUGCUCAACACCGUCAUCUUCGCCAGGGACAAGUGGCUGAAACCGGGAGGCUUGAUGUUCCCGGACCGAGCGUCGCUCUACGUGGUGGCCAUAGAAGACAGGCAGUACAAGGACUUCAAGAUCCACUGGUGGGAAAACGUGUACGGCUUCGACAUGAGCUGCAUUCGCAACGUGGCCAUCAAGGAGCCCCUGGUGGACGUGGUGGACCCCAAGCAGGUGGUCACUAACGCCUUUCUGCUCAAGGAAGUGGACAUCUACACGGUGAAGCCGGACGACCUGACCUUCACGUCGACGUUCUCCCUGCAGGUCCAGCGCAACGAUUACGUGCACGCGCUGGUCACCUACUUCAGCGUGGAGUUCAGCAAGUGUCACAAGAAGACGGGCUUCUCCACUGCGCCGGAUGCGGCGAGCACGCACUGGAAGCAGACGGUCUUCUAUUUGGAGGACUACCUGACCGUGAAGAAAGGCGAGGAGAUAUUCGGCAGCAUCGCCGUCAGGCCCAACGAGAAGAACGUGCGUGAUCUGGAGUUCACGCUGGAGCUCGACUUCAAAGGGCAGCUCUGCGACGCCGCCAUUUCCCACGACUACAAGAUGCGCUAGGCGCCGGAAACGCACCGCCCGGCCCACCCUCGUCCCAGCCAGCCUCAGUGAUGUCAUCAGUAUCAGCAAUAACACCAAAAUGACGGACACGCCGACGAAUGUACCAACCUUUGGACUCUCCUGUCAUGUCGUGGGCCAGAUCGACCCGCUUUGACUGUAAUUGUUGAGCAUGAGCGGGCUUUUGCUGAGUCAAGAGCGCCGGGAAACCUAACACUAAUGUCAACGUUGAAGAGAGCUGAUGAAUUAAAGCUGA